UCAAGAUUUGGAAAAAUUUACACCGCCUCUUCUGCUGUUGCCGGAUCGAAACCUUUAAUUCAGAAAAAUGAAAUCUGCUUUAAUGGUAGCAGAAAAACCAUCGCUUGCGGCUUCGCUAGCAAACAUUUUGAGCAACGGAAAAUGUUCAUCCAGAAAAGGUUCCAAUAAUGCAUGUUCCGUUCAUGAAUGGAUUGGUAAUUUCCGUGGGGAACAAGUUCGGUUCAAGAUGACAUCUGUAUGCGGACAUGUUAUGGGGCUUGAAUUCGUGGGUAAAUACAAUUCAUGGGAUAAGGUAGAUCCAGCAGAAUUGUUCACAUGCCCAACGGAGAAAAAGGAAUCGGCUCCCAACUUACGUAUGCUGUACUUUCUCAGCCAAGAAGCGAAAGGUUGUGAAUAUCUUAUACUUUGGCUCGAUUGUGAUAAAGAGGGUGAAAAUAUUUGUUUCGAAGUAAUGUCCGCAGUGUCAGGAUCUAUACGAAAUGUGUUUUCAAAUCGAGUCACAUUUCGAGCGAAAUUUUCGGCUAUUACUGAAAAGGAUAUCAAAUACGCAAUGGAAAACCUAAUUCAUCCUAAUGAAAAUGAAGCCAAGUCUGUCGAUGCUCGUCAGGAACUAGAUCUGCGGAUCGGUUGUGCGUUUACUCGCUUUCAAACCAAAUUCUUCCAGGGAAAAUAUGCCGAUCUCGAUGCGUCUCUCAUUUCUUACGGACCUUGCCAAACGCCUACAUUAGGGUUUUGCGUACAGCGUCAUGAUGAGAUACAGACCUUCAAACCAGAAAAUUUCUGGUACAUUCAAGUAACCGUCGGUGAAAAUCCCGAGAUAAAAUUAGAUUGGAGCAGAGUAAGAAUUUUUGAGAAGGAAGUGGCAUGUAUGUUUCUGAACAAAGUAAAAGACCACAAGGAAGCUUUAGUUGAAAGCGUUACUUCUAAGGAGAUGUUCAAAGGUAGACCGCAAGCUCUGAACACUGUUGAGUUGAUGAGAGCAGCUAGCGCUGGACUCGGUAUAGGUCCACAUUCUGCUAUGCAGAUAGCGGAAAAGCUUUACACUCGAGGAUAUAUCAGCUACCCACGAACUGAAACUACCCAGUAUCCGGCUAAUUUUGAUCUGAUCGGAGUUGUAAAGAUUCUUCAGUCAUCUUCGGAAUUUGGAGAAGAAGCCCGGAACAUUCUGCAUGACAUGAAUUCUCCACGAAAGGGUACUGAUCAUGGCGACCAUCCUCCCAUUACACCGAUGAAGCUGGCUAGUCGCAGCGAACUAGAUGGUGGUGACACGUGGCGAGUAUACGACUAUAUUUGUCGACAUUUCCUUGGCACAAUAUCACGCGAUUUGAAAUACCGACUAACAACGGCUAAAUUCAAAAUUGGUAGCGAGUCCUUCACUAAUACUUCCAGCGUAUUGAUCGAUCCUGGUUUUACCAAAGUCAUGACAUGGCAGGCGUUUAGCAAGAACGAAAUAAUCUCUCCGUUCACUGCGAGUGAAAAAGUUAAAAUAAAUGACGUUCGACUAGUGGAAAGUCAAACGGGUCCGCCAGACUAUUUAACUGAAUCGGAACUAAUUUCGUUGAUGGAGAAACAUGGCAUUGGGACUGAUGCUUCUAUUCCGGUACACAUAAACAACAUUUGUCAGCGAAACUAUGUUACGAUCGGUGGAGGGCGCACUUUGACUCCAACGAAUCUAGGAAUCGUGCUGGUUCACGGCUAUCAGAAGAUUGACCCGGAAUUGGUGCUGCCUACAAUGCGUUCAGCUGUUGAACAGCAAUUAAAUCUUAUCGCUCAUGGAUCAGCAGAUUUUCGAUCUGUUCUGAAGCAUGCUGUCGAGAUAUUUCGUUUGAAAUUUCUCUAUUUUGUCCAAAAUAUUAGCAACAUGGACAUCCUGUUCGAAGCAACCUUUUCGUCGCUUUCUUCAUCGGGAAAAUCAAUGUCUCGUUGCGGUAAAUGUAGGAGAUACAUGAAGUACAUUCAAUCGAAACCGUCUAGACUGCACUGUUCCCAGUGCGACGAAACAUACACUUUACCAACCAAGGGAGUGGUACGAGUCUAUCGUGAACUGAAGUGUCCACUAGACGAUUUCGAACUUCUAGCGUGGUCAAAUGGGGCUAAGGGAAAGUCGUAUCCAUUGUGUCCGUAUUGCUACAACCAUCCACCGUUUAGGGAUAUGCAGAAAAACUCUGGCUGCAACAGCUGCCCACAUCCGACAUGUGCUCAUUCGUUGUCCAGUUUGGGUGUAUCGAGUUGCAUAGAGUGUGACCGAGGAGUACUAGUUUUGGAUUGUACAAUGUCUCCCAAAAACUGGAAGCUAGUCUGCAAUUUUUGUGAUGUUAUUAUCAACUGCUUUGAUGAUGCCAUAAAAGUCAAUGUCGAAGGUGAUUCGUGCGAGGAAUGUGGUGCACAACAAGUGACUGCCAUUUACAAAUCGGAAAAAACUCCUUUCAAGGAUGACAUCACUGAAAAGAAAGGAUGCAUCUUUUGUUUCCCUGAUUUCAGUCCCCUGGUUGAGAAACAUAAGGCAGUUGAAAUGAGACGUGGACAAGGUACUCGUGGCAGAGGACGCAGCGUUCGCGGUCGAGGCGGCCGGAGCAAUCGUGGCCGGAAUAAACCACCGAAGGACAAGAUGGCCCAGCUGGCGGCCUAUUUCGUAUAAUAAUUUCUAUAACAUUUUUGGCGUUGCAUGAAAUCUCUAUCGAAUACUGCUAUCAUAUUGUGUAUAAUACCCCCAAGUCUAGAACCUUAAACUAACAGUCUCGAGUGUUGUAUUAUGUGUGGAUUUUAAGGGAAUAAAGCUAUACACUUAAAUUCA